AUGGAGGCAGCCACAGAGCGCCACUUCUACCGCCACGGUGACGGGUCUGAGAUCUCACCAUCCGAACGCGAGGCCUGUCAUUUCUGUCAGUUGCGCUCCUUUCCCACCCACGGCGAGUUCCCAGUCACCAUCGUCAACGAGACAGACGAUAAAGCCGUUCUGCCUCCAAACUUCAGUUUCAUCAACCGCUCCAUCCUGGGCCCUGGUGUGACGCCUGCCCAGAAGGAGUUCCGCGCGGGCUGUCACUGUAUUGGCACUGAUGGUUGCAAGGGCGCCGCGUGCGUGUGCCUUGACCAGGUGGAGUGCUCCGACGACGAGGACCAACAAGAGGCCGAGCUCGACGACGAAGACGAGGAGAGCUGGCAGUGGGCCGAGCAGCACCUGAAGAAGCCAGCCUGGGCAAGGUCGAGGGCCAAUCGCGACGGCUCCAGGGACACGUCUGGGCCCGCUGCUGCCAACGGCCACCACCACAACGCUAACGGCCCUGGCAGCGGCGCUUUGCUGAAGAAGCUCUUUGCCUACCACUCGCACGGGGCCAAGGCCGGCCUGCUGCGGGGCUCCUACCUCAAUUCGCGGGCGCCCAUCUACGAGUGCCACGACGAGUGCGACUGCAUCAAGAUCAUCUGCCCCAACCGCGUCGUCGAGAAGGGGCGGACUGUGCCCUUACAGAUCUUCCGCACGAGGGACCAACGCGGCUGGGGGGUCAAGACGAUGCGGGAGCUGAAGCGCGGGCAGUUCGUGGACUGCUAUCUGGGCGAGGUCAUCACGCCUGAGGAGGCGGAGAAGAGACGGCACAACUCGUCCAAGGCGCAGCGCAAGGACGUCUACCUGUUUGGGCUGGACAAGUUCACAGACCCCGACUCGAUGGACCCGCGGCUCAAGGGGGCGCCAUUGGAGGUGGACGGCGAGUUCAUGUCGGGGCCGACGCGCUUCAUCAACCACAGCUGCGACCCCAACCUGCGGAUCUUUGCCCGGGUGGGCGACCACGCGGACAAGCACAUCCACGACCUUGCCCUGUUUGCGAUUUGCGACAUUGCAAAGGGCGAGGAGCUGACCUUCGACUAUGUGGACAGGCAGGGGGAGAUCGAGAGCAACGCCCGGGACGAGAAGCUGCAGGAGGAGAUGACGCGGUGCCUCUGCAAAAGUGACAAGUGCAGAGGUCACCCAGCGACUGCUGCCAUCCGGUCCGACAAGCUUCUUCCCUUCCCUCCCUCCCUUCACUUUGAUCCCACACUGGAGGAUGCGACGACAGCAGCCCAAGACCGACAUGAGCUCGCAUCAGCUUUCCUUCAGCCUGGAGCGCACUCCAAGGACGGAGCAAAGGCCAGCCUUGGAAGGAAGGCUGCCCCCGCUUUCUCUCUCCAGAUGGGUUGCUGCUUCUCGCUGCCUCGGGGUCCCAACUCUCCCUACCCCGGUGGAGCUCCUCCAGCCCAGCCCCCAUCCGCCGACCUUUCCCAGUCGCAGUCGCAGUCUCAGUCUCAGUCUCAGUCUCAGUUGCAGCCUCAGCCUCCUUCCGCCCGCCCCAAUGCACCAGACCUCGAUCGUGCCGGAUCUCACCAGCACCGCAGUCGGCACCGUCGCAGACCCCUCGAUCAGCACAUCAACAAGCCUCUGCGUCGGAGCGAGUGGACCUCCAAGAACCGCAUUUGGUCCAGGACUGCGUUGGAUCGCGAGCGUACCGACUUUUUCGACACCAGGGUCAGUGGCCGGCCUGAAAUUUGGCAAGCCCUGAAUGCUGCCCUCGAGGUCUUGUGGGCCGCCGAUACUGCGAGACGCGACGGCCCCUAUGACGUCCCAGGCGAUGACAACAACGCUGCCCUUGCUCUUGCCACUGCCCAGACCAUCCUCGACGCCGCCGACAUUACUCUGCCGACCGGCAACCUUGCUGACGGCGCCUAUGACCUUCUUGGGAACUACUAUCAGCUGCCAACCCAUAUCGUCUCUGAUCCACGCAAUCUUGCAUCUGUCGACGAAGAAAUUGACAAUCAUCAACUUGGAGAGGCCAAGACUGCUGAGGAUGUCACCGCCGGCGAUGAGGAUGACGAAGAAGACGAUGACGGUGGGGAGGAUGAGGCAGAGCAACGCCGUUUUGACAAGGGCAAGGCCGUCGUCAACGUUUCCGACCAAACCCUCGUCAUUAUUCGCCUGAGCAAUAACGCCAGAGACCUGAGGCUUGACAUUGGAAAGGACGAGUCCGUCCGAAGCAUUACUCACCGUAUCCUGGAGGAGACUAACCUCCACUCUGGCUACCGUGUUCGUCUCGUUCACAUGGGCAAAAUUCUGAAAGACAAAACCUCACUCACAGCCCAGGGCUGGACAGGCCAGGUUAUCAAUGCUUUCGUCUACGAGCCUCCCCGCUAG